AUAUCACACAUCACCGAGAAAAGCUCUGCGUUGAAGCGGCGAGUACUUGAAUAUACACUAUACUACCAAAAUACAAAAAACUCAACACAGAGAUCGAGUGGCUGUGUGAUACAUAUCAUCGUGCCCAGUGGGGCUGACUACACCAUUACCCUUUAUACUUACAACCCUCGUCGCGUAUCACCGCCAAUAGGAGUGGCUAACUUAUCCCCACUUGGCGGUUUCCCCUCCAGAGCAUUUUUGCACCCUCACACAGUAAUGCUGCGCGCCGAAGUGGAGCGGCGAAACACCGAAGCUCCGAAUUGUUGACUCGCGUUCGUGCUGUAUAGGUAUCAUUUAGAUAGACGAGCAAGUAGUAGUGGUCUGCUUCGGUGUUGACGGAGAUAGAGACAGAGACAGAGAUAGAGGAGGGAAAAAAAAGAGAAGGGGAAGGGGUGUUGUGUGUUAUGGAAGCAGCUUUCAGAGAUGAAGAGGGAGUAAGUCUGGGAUUGGGAUCGUAACACGAGCGGCGCAGUCAGACAGUCAGGCAGGCUGGCUAGCCGGCAUCCAGUACUACAUACACCACACAGUACAGAUAGAGAAGACUAGUCACUAGUUACACGAUCUAGAGUAGAAUAGAAAGAAGAGAAGAGUAUAAUAGUGAGGGAAGAUAGAGAUAGAGAUUGAGAGCAGAGACUAUCACUGGGUACAGGGUAUAGGCGGUUACUACUCAACACUGUACAACACACAACACAACACAACACAGAAGCCAGCUAGCCAGAUCUAGCCAGUAGAGCACAUCUACCGUACAAGCACUGUGUAUAACAUCAUCCAAGACCACUAGAUCCGUGAGCUUACCAAGACUUACCGAUUUAAGCCGGUAGCCAGUCCGAAAGGAUCUAUCGGUUAAGCCUCCUCGUCGACCCUCUGUCUGUACACACUGACAAUCGAAAACAACCCGGUCUGGUGCUAUUGUGUUGUGACUACUCACCUGCUGAUAAAUAUUGCCCAUAAGCUCAUUCGUAACUCACACCGCGUACCUGGAGCUUUUUCUUUGGUUUACUGCCAGGAGCUUUUGCUGAACUUUUCUCUGAUUUGAAUGUGCGUUUUUUUUAUUUCUUCCCAAGACAAUAAUAUAUUUUUGGGCUCAGUUAUUUGUGGUAUAAAACAAUUGUUUAAUUACGCGUCACGCGGUUUGUUACGACACACGGAACUGACUGGGUGUGUGUAUGUGUCGACUCGCGUCGUGGAGCCUGCUCGGUGACACACCGCUCGUAUCGUUGGUUCAUAACGGUGACUGUUGUAGUCGCGAGUGCUAGUUGAGUAUUUUGAGUAGCUAACACCGAGGUGUUGUCGAGUGGAAAUUCGUUUUUUAGUUGAGACUUGGACCUGAUACUAAUUGCUGAUUUUAAGUGUGCGGUCUUUAGGAUUAAUUGGAUUUUUAAGAUUUGCAAGUGGAAUUAGUUUGAAGGAAAAAUAUUGACUUAAUAAAGUUUUUUGGAAAUAAAGUGAAUUUGUGGUUCAUUGAUUAAUUUAUUGAUUAUAUAAUAAAUGUUUAUUAAUUGUAAAUGUUGCCAGUUGAUAAGCUGAUUGAUGAACUGAUUGAGAGUAAAUUUGAGUGGUAAAAUAAAAUAUUUAGUUGUGGAGGGCAGUAUUAUUGUCCGAGGUGUACGGAACAGUCGGCACGACGUUAACCUUCUACAGCAUGGAGCGCGGCGGGGGCGGGGGAGGCCUCGAACUCGCCGGCGGAGGUGGCGGUAAUACCGAACUGUGUCUCCAGGACCUGGUGACCGGUUCUGCCAGUGGAUUAUCGGUCCAGCACUACCAACAUGCCGCCGCUGCGGCCUCCAUGGCCGGGCUCCACGGUGACCAUCUUCAGGGGGCCAUGCAUCACCAUGAUGUUCACGCCAACACGCAUCACGACAACUCCAUGCUCCACAAUCCUGGCCAUCAGCUCAGUCACGAGCCUCUCGAGAAGAUGAAGUUGUUAGCGCAAAAUGAUUAUCGGGAUGAAACAAACGGUGGCCUUGCAAGACUCGACUUUUCUGGACAUGGGGCUCACACACCUGGUGGAAGCACUCCGAGUACACCGGGUGCUACCCCCACGACACCCUCCGGAUUUUCAACGGCACAACCAAGAAAUCGGACGAAUAACAACCAAAGAACGGACAUCAGGAAAGGAGUCCGAACACCAGUCGAAGUCAAACAAGAAAUGCGAUCAUCAGAAGUAACUUCUGGUGUUGUUAGUAUGAAUGACGCAAGUGAUAAAGAUGGCACCAAAAAUAAAAGACAGAGACGACAGAGGACACAUUUCACCUCCCAACAAUUACAAGAGCUUGAAUCGACUUUCGCGAGGAAUCGAUAUCCUGACAUGGCGACACGAGAAGAAAUAGCCAUGUGGACUGGGUUAACGGAAGCGCGCGUACGGGUAUGGUUCAAAAACCGCCGCGCAAAAUGGCGAAAACGAGAGCGGAAUGCCGCGAACGCAGCGGCAGCUGCAGCAGCAGCGGACUUCAAAACUGGCUUUAGCACCGCAGGCCUGAACAGCUUCAUAGGCCGUGCGGACGUCGACGCGAUGUACAGUUCGUACAGCUCCUACAACAACUGGGCCGCAAAAGUCCCCUCGCCUUUAAGCAGCAAAAGUUUCCCCUGGGUGAACCACCUGGGCACGGUAGUGCCUGCGGCCUCCCACCACCACCACCACGCCCAGGUGGCGCCAGUAAACUGCUUCAACACCUCGACCUCCGUGGCCGGUAGCCAUGUGGGCGGAAUGUCAAUGUCCGUAGGGCAAGCCGCGACUUCGAUGCUCCCUGGGAUGGGGUCAGGCCUCGGAGUAGCUGGGUCUCCCGUGGCGGCUUCCGGCGCUGCCUGUCCUUACGCGGCUCCAGCCGCUCCGCAUCCGUACGGCCCCUCAGUCUACACUCCCCACCACCGCGCAACUGGCCCUCCAGAACCUUGCACGCUCAUGAACAGCAGUAUCACUUCCCUGAGACUCAAGGCCAAGCAGCAUUCCAGCGAGUACGGCUCUGCCAGUUCAUUCAGCACAGGUGGCACCACUGGCGGCGGAGUUUCCGCUGGAAGCAUCAGUCCUGUCAGUUCUAGGGCUUCUUCAGGCGGCGGAUUAAGUGCUUGUCAGUACGCUUUGACAAGUGGAUCUGGUAAUCCGCAUUCUCCUGGCACUGAUCAUACCAAUGCCACCGCUCGAGGUCAAGUUUGA